AUGUCUGCUCAACCGCCGCCGAGAUCAAUGAGCAUGUUCGACCUCACGAACGCCAAUACCCUGAUAGCAGGAGGUGCUUUCACGAUGGUGGUAAACCACCCCGUGGCCGAGCCAACGCCUAACCAAGCAAUCGACACCGCAUUCAACAGGCACGUAGAGCACCGUGCCACGCACGACUCGUACGAUCACGCUGGGCCCGAACCUCCGAGAUGCCAUCCAAAGACACGCGUUCGCCUCCUCAAGGACUUGCGAAAGUGGAUCCAGGAUGCUUCCCCACAGUCGACUAGAAUAACAUGGGUGUCUGGAUCGGUUGGCGUAGGAAAGACGGCCGUCGCGAGGACACUUGCAGAGAGCCUUCCUCAAAGUGGGAUGUUGGCUGCUAGUUUCAUGCUGGACGACAAGAGGUAUGGCGAACACCCUGUCCUGUCGACGAUCGCGUACCAGAUCAUCAUGUCGACACCAGAUGUACAACCCCACGUCUUGGAUGCCCUACAGGCGGACAGCAGUCUAUUGGACAAGCCCCCUGAAGUGCACUUCGCAAAACUUGUCGUCGAGCCGUUUGUCAUGCUAUCCUUGAUCGAGAAGGGUCAAACCAGCCAAUGGUGUAGAUUGGUUAUGAUCGACGGCCUCGACGUGUCCCGGCACCCUACACGUAUUCUUCGAGCCAUCUGCGAUGCUAUCGCCAAGCUGGACGGAAGAUUCAAGUUUCUCAUCCUCAGUCGACCUGGACAUGACAUCAAGAACUUCUUCGAACAUGACGCACAAGCUCUCAAGCUCAUGCCGAAGCAUAUUGCCUUGGACGACCACCCCGACGCCAACAAGGAUAUCAGAACUUUCAUCGAAGCACGGUUCCGCGAGAUCAGACGGAAGCAUCCGUUAGGGCGACACAUCAAGGCCGCCUCCAUACCCUUUACCUCGACCACGGAAGUACAGUCGCCAACGCAGGUGGAUUCAGAGUGGCCUGGCAAGUACGUGCUCAGGACUUUGGUUCACAGAUCCUCGAGGGGCUUCAUCUACCCCUCCGUCGCAAUGGACUACAUCGGAGCUGGGCAUGCCUGGCCUAAGGACAGGCUCGACAUCGUCCUUGGUGUGUCGCCUCCUUCAUCGUCCAACGAAGGCCAGUCCGAAGCAAACUCACCUUUCGCGACCCUCGAUGACUUGUACCACAAGAUUCUCUCCGCAGCAUACGCAUGUGCAUGCCCUGGCCCUAGUGCGAUUCUUGCCCACCAAACAUUGUGCUCGACUGACCGGCGGAAAGCCCUCAUGAGCAUCCUGGGUGUGCUCCUCGCGGCUCGGACGCGUGCUGCACUUCCUUCGCCAGUCAAGGUGCCGGAUAGGGACCCGUACGUGACACCGACAUUCAUUGAACGCGUGCUUGGCAUGAGGGAAGGACAAGUCCGGCUUUCACUCAAGGACUUGAGGGCGUUGGUAUGCUUGGAGGAAGGUGUGAAUUUCCUCGCCAGUACGCACGUCCCAGCGAAUGCACGGAACAUUGCAGCGACAUACCCUACGCUCAGGAUUAUGCACGAGUCGCCAUUCUCCGAGUUUUUACUCGAUCGAAACCGAGCACGCCAGCUUUCGGUGGACCUGGACAGAGCAUGUGUUGCUAUUGCGGCAAGUGCCCCGAGUAUUGCCUCCUUCCACAUUGUGCUUACAGUUGUAAUUAGAUGCGGAUGCAAGAUGGAUUUCACCUGCGAGCACAGCAUCGACUGCGAAAUGAUACACCGCACUGGUUUUUUCUGGGCAUCUUACAACACUCCUCCAGAUCCUUUCCUCCUCGACUCUGUCAUGAAAUUCGACCCGACCUAUGUCUUCCAUCGGCAGCCUGGAGAUCCGGAGUUCAAGGACUGGAUUUUCCAUUGGGACUGGGUAGGCCCAUUCUUACAGUGUUUGGACUCUGCCCCGGCAUUUAAAGAUACUCUGGCGUUCUCGCAUCACCUCAACAAGCUCUGCGUUUUUCUUCAGACAUACAUCAUGGAAAACCUAAAUACGGACGACGCCCGGUUUCGCGAUGCCCGUACUCUUCUUGCUGGCCUCAAAUGCUUAUCCCGAGGUCGUGCUCGAGGCCAGGUCGCACGAAUAAACGCGGAAGUGUCCAAGUGCGUUUGGGAUGCCCUCCAUGGAACUCUGCGUGGAUUGCGCCCUCUCUCUACCUCAUCAAAGUCCUCCGACCCCAAAGAACCGGAGAAAACAAUGCUCGGGGGCGAUGAAAGCAAAUCCAGUGGCUAUGCCAGAUCUGGUGGGGGAAGAGUGGUCCAGUUCGAGACUCCAUGGAUGAUCAUGCGCGAUGCCAUGAAGGAGGUUAUUCGGAGACUUGAUACCCACUCUAAGGAAGAUAUAAGUAGAGAAGAGGUCGGCGGAGAAGAUGCUGCAGAUUCGGAUGUGUUUAUGCGGACGCCUACUAAGGCAAACGCGACUAAUCGCCCGAACGCCAGCGUCUCAGAAACAAGGAAGGCUCUCAAGAUUGAGCUUGCAGGCUAUCUCUACUCUCCCAUUCCCGUCGAGACCUUUACGCAUCAUGUGUGGGGCCUCGACAACACUACCAUCACCUCCAUCCUCGAGAAAUCAUGGUCCAUUUUACCCGAAGCGCUGAAUAAUUAUCAAGACGUCUACCAGAAUAUCACGAAGAGGGAGGAAGAACCUCCCUUGCACGAGCCUUUCCGCGAGAUCUCUGAGAGGCUGCUCGAGGACAUUUGCAAGUUCCUCGGACGAAAGCCAGACCUACUACGUGGGUGGAAGCCGCUCAAUGACCUUCGAUGGGAUGAGACGAAGAGCACCCUGGAGUUCAAGUUAACGGCAGCUCGUAUCCAGGCAGCAGUGAGUCGGUCGACGGCGAAUCAGUCGCAGAUGAUGAAAAGCAAGAAGAAAGCCAAAACUAAUGCUUCUCGCCUAGAUCCUAUUUUCGAAGACGACGCCGGUCCAAGCCACGAUGAUGACGUUUUUAGUCAUCCUCAAACUGCGAGUUGCCCUGGGGCUAUUUCACUCUCGAAGGUAUCGGGCAGCCGACAAUCUGCAACUUCUGCCGGAGUUCCCUCCGCUUCGACAAGCACCGGAUCCAAGCGCGCCAUUGAUGCUAUUGACACUCCUAACGAAGAGCCAGCGUCGAAAAGGUGCCACCUGAAGGUCACUGGCGAUCAACUUCAAUUUGCCAACUAUGCACUGGAGUGCCUCGUCUGGUACUACGACCGUGGUGCUGUCAUUCGAACCGACAAAUUCGACUUCUCCAAACCGGAUGGGCCUCCGAAACUUGCUGUUGGGCUGUUUACCCUCAGUCAGGCCAACAUGAAGCAAGCCGGGUUUGACCCAUUCGUUCACGAGUUCAAGACCCCUGAGGAUGGCAAGAAUCUUGACGAUAAGUCGAAGGACAUUAUCUUUGUGAUCACGAAGGUUCUACACGUCUACAAGGCGAUCAUUGGUCGUGGCACCUACGUUGCUGCAGGUUUUCUCGCAUCCAUCGGCUCUCUGCUUUCCAUGCCCCGUUUGCCAGCUUACUGGAACAGCCACCUUCUCGAAUUAGUUUUCGACGCUCAAUUCACCUCUGAGCAACUAGGAAUUCCUCGACAGAAACUUCGGGAUAAUGGACUACUAAAGGACCCAGAUCCGGAGGAUACCAUCCAAGAUCGCGGCCUCCAUAUUCUUGUUUCAGGGUUAUACAAGAAGCUCUACGAAGCCGCCAGCGUUGAAGAAUUCAAGCAAAUUUUCCUCGAAUAUCUCGAAUGCCAUCAUCACGCAUACGAAACUGGUCGGGUCCUUCAUCGUGACAUUAGUGAAAACAAUCUCAUGUUCGCUCGAUCGCGCACCGAGAAGGCAAGCAGCUCCCCUUCUCCGGAUAGCAUGAGCACAAAGCCAAAUGUUCGAGGUAUCCUCAACGACUUCGACCUCGGCUCAGAGCUCAAUGAGCAUGGAGAAAUCGUCUCUAGCAAUGCCAACCAUCGUACAGGAACCCCGUCGUUCAUGGCCACCGACCUUAUCAAAGUUCAGAUUGAAGGAUCACCAAUUCCAGCUACUCACCACUACCGCUACGACCUUGAAUCCUUCUUCUACGUUCUCAUAUGGGCGUGCACCCAGUACACGCUCAGUCCCGAUGGACCGAAGUUGAAACCCACUCCAAAGUGUCUUCAGAAAUGGAAUGAUCUACAGGAGGCAAGCAAUCACAAAGGGGCGUUUUUCUUCUAUGAUCAAGUGGUUCACGUCGAGAAAACCGUGCUGCCUCAUUUUGUGUCGGUGUGGAAUGACUGGGUCCUCCCAUUGUACGACAUGUUCCUUGCCGCCUUCAAGAGUAUUCCGUCUAUUCGGUCACUCAAGUACGUCGAGUACGACCACGCGACGUGUAAUGGCCAGAUAACCUUCAAGACGUUCGUGGAAGCGAUGGGCGUCAAGCGUCGAAACCUGGAGGGAAUUAUUGAAGAGUAA